AUGUCUGAUACACCAUCAAGAGAGAAAAUUUUUGGUGCUGAUGCAUCCGAACGUAAUACACGUUUACUACGUAUUAAAAUUUUACGAGGAGUUGAUUUACAACGGCGAGAUUUUCUUGGUGGAUCAAAUGAUCCAUAUGUAAAAAUUUUACUUCAAACACGUGAAAAUCGUAAUCAAACAGUAGAUAUUGCUGUUACACGUACAAUACCAAAAACACAAAAUCCAUUGUGGAAUCAAGAUUUUACUUUCCGAGUUGAUCCAACUAAACAUCGAUUUCUAUUUGAAGUAUAUGAUCAAAAUAAAAUUACAAAAGAUGAUUUUCUUGGUAUGUUUGUUGUUGAAUUGAAUUUAAAUAUUCCAUAUGAAUCACCUGGCCAAUCAAUGUUAACAAGAGAUUAUCCAUUAUUGAAGCGAAACAUUCUUCAACGUGUUCGUGGUAGUGUAACAAUUGGAUUAUGUUAUAUUAAUCCAAACCCAUCAGUGACAGGAACAAAUUUACCUGAAAAUGAAAAUACACAGGCUAAUGAAUCUGGGUUUGAAAUUGUUAAUCGUGAAGAUACAGUUGAACCAACUGCUGCAGUUGCUGAAACACCAUUACCACCAGGAUGGGAACAACGGCAGGAUGGUCAUGGUCGAACUUAUUAUGUUGAUCAUAAUAAUCGUACAACAACAUGGACUCGUCCAAAUGGACGAAGUACUGCUGCAUCCCAACGACCACAACAAGUUGGCGAUCGACAUCAAAUUGAUGAUAUGGAUGCUAAUAAUGCGCGAACAAAUGUAACUACAGGUCCAACAAAAGCUUCACGUACUGCAACAGCUAGUGCUUCAACAGAUGAUCUUGGUCCACUACCACCUGGUUGGCAAAUGUCAAAAACAGAAAAUGAACGUGCAUUUUUUAUUGAUCAUAUUAAUAAACGAACAACUUGGAUUGAUCCUCGAACCGGUAAACCAAGUCCUAUACCAUCAACUCAACGUGAACUCAAUCCAAAUGCGCCAUUACCAGAACAUUGGGAAGUUCGAACAUUACCUGAUGGUCGUGUGUAUUAUAUUGAUCAUUUGAAUAAAACAACAACUUGGACAGAUCCACGUGUUGCUGGACCAGCUGUUCCAUAUUCACGUGAUUAUGCAGCAAAAUAUAUUGCAUUUCGUCGUAGUUUACUUCGACCUAAAUCUCAUGUUGGUUCACAAGUUGAAAUACAUGUUAAUCGUAAAGAUGUUAUGGAAACAUCAUUUCGUGUUAUAAUGAGCAUUAAAGAUACUGAAGUAUUGAAAACAAGGCUUUGGAUUGUAUUUGAUGGUGAACGAGGUUUAGAUUAUGGUGGUUUAAGUCGUGAAUGGUUUUUAAUUCUUUCACGUGAAAUAUUUAAUCCUUAUUACGGUCUAUUUGAAUAUAGUGCUAUUGAUAAUUAUACACUACAAGUUAAUCCAUUAUCUGGUUUAUUAAAUGAAGAACAUAUAAAAUAUUUUCGUUUUAUUGGACGUAUUAUUGCUUUAGCUGUAUAUCAUGGAAAAUUACUUGAAGCAUUUUUUAUUCGCCCAUUCUAUAAAAUGUUAUUAUCAAAAUCUAUAACACUUGCUGAUAUGGAAUCAGUCGAUCGAGAAUAUUAUCAAUCAUUGAAAUAUAUUCUUGAUAAUGAUCCAACAGAUUUAGAUCUUUAUUUUGUUGUUAGUGAAGAAGUACUUGGCGAUUUACGUGAACAUGAACUUAAGCCUGGUGGUCAACAUAUACAAGUAAAUGAACAAAAUAAACAAGAAUAUAUUGAGUUGGUUAUUAAUUAUCGAUUUGUACAACGAAUAGCAUUACAAAUGAAUGCAUUAAAGCAAGGUUUUCAAGAUAUACUUCCACUUGAAACUAUUAAAAUCUUCGAUGAAAAAGAAGUUGAACUUCUAAUAAGUGGUCUUGGAGAUAUUAAUGUUAAUGAUUGGCGAAUGCAUACAAUGUAUAAAGGUGGUUAUACACCUGAUAAUCCUGUUAUACAAAACUUUUGGAAGGCUAUUGGAUCACUUAAGCCAGAAGAACGUACUCGUUUACUUCAAUUCGUAACUGGAACAUCUAGAUUACCAAUGAAUGGUUUUCGUGAAUUAUGGGGUUCAACUGGCCCACAAUUAUUUACCAUUGAAAAAUGGGGUGAUCAAACAAAAUUACCUCGUGCUCAUACGUGUUUCAAUCGUCUUGAUCUUCCACCGUAUGAACAUUAUUCAGAUUUACGUCAAAAAUUAAUUCAAGCUAUGGAAAUGAGUGAAGCAUUCGAAGGUGUUGAUUAA